UGCAGGUACUGCCUGCCCUCAGUGUCUUUUACAUGUCAAUGUGAAGAGAAAUGAGACGCAGAGAGAAAAAGCUGCUUCAGUUCGCCGGACUAUUCGUAGUGGUUCUUCUCCUCCUCUCUAACAUGUGUCUGUGGUCUUUAUACCGAGAUCGACCGUUUGAGAACUCACCCGAAAUAUCAUCCGAACGACCGGGUGCUAUCCCUGUGAUACAGGGUGGAGCCACGAGGGCCCAGUGGGUUGCUGCGGUGGAGCCCGGUGACCCGAGGCGGAAGGACUGGCACGACUACGACGCCAUCUGGAGAGACGCCGCUCGCUCAGGCAACGGAGAGCAAGGGAAACCCUUCCCGCUUACCGGCAGCGACCGCGUCAACCAGGCCUACAGGGAGAACGGCUUCAACAUCUACGUGAGCAACAGGAUCUCGCUCAACCGCUCCCUACCUGACAUACGACAUGCAAACUGCAGGCGGAAGCUGUACGCGGAGAGGCUCCCCAACACCAGCGUCAUCAUCCCCUUCCACAACGAGGGCUGGUCGACCCUGCUCCGCACUGUCCACAGCGUCCUCAACCGAUCGCCGCCCGAACUCGUCGCCGAGGUCCUCCUUGUGGACGACUUCAGCGACAAAGAACAUCUGAAGACCUCCUUGGAGCAGUAUGUGGCUCGCUUUCCAAAGGUGCGAAUCCUGCGCACCAGGAAGAGGGAGGGGCUCAUCAGAACCAGGCUGAUGGGGGCGUUGGCUGCCACCGGAGAGGUCCUCACCUUCCUGGACUCUCACUGCGAAGCCAACGUCAACUGGCUGCCCCCUCUCCUAGAUCAAAUUUCUCAGAAUCGCAAGACCAUCGCGUGCCCGAUGAUCGACGUGAUCGACCACGACAACUUCGGCUAUGAGACACAGGCGGGCGAUGCCAUGAGAGGGGCCUUCGACUGGGAGCUGUACUACAAGCGGCUGCCCAUCCCACCAGAGCUGCAGAGGGAGGACCCCAGCCAGCCCUUUGAGUCUCCCGUGAUGGCAGGCGGGCUCUUUGCUGUGGACAGGAAGUGGUUCUGGGAGCUGGGAGGAUAUGACACAGGGCUGGAGAUCUGGGGAGGAGAGCAGUUUGAGAUCUCCUUUAAGGUAUGGAUGUGUGGGGGGCGUAUGGAAGACAUCCCAUGCUCUAGGGUGGGUCACAUCUACAGAAAAUAUGUCCCAUAUAAGGUCCCAGGAGGCGUGAGCCUGGCCAGGAACCUGAAGCGUGUGGCGGAGGUUUGGAUGGACGAGUAUGCCGAGCACGUGUACCAGCGGCGGCCGGAGUACAGACACCUGGCCGCCGGAGACGUGACUGCCCAGCGGGAGCUGCGCAACUCUCUGGGCUGCAGGAGCUUCAGCUGGUUUAUGACCGAGGUGGCCUGGGACCUACCCCGACACUACCCCCCCACCGAGCCACCUGCAGCAGCCUGGGGGGAGCUGCGUAGCGCAAACAGUGGCAUGUGCAUCGAGGCCAAACACCUCUCCUCAGGCUCUGUCCUACGGCUGGAGACCUGUCUGAAGGGGCGGGGAGAGAUGGGGCGGAGCCAUGGGCAGGUGUUUACCCUUGGCUGGAGGCAGGAUGUGCGGCUGGGCGACCCCCUGCACACUAAGAGGGUGUGUUUGGAUGCCACCUCACCCAGCAGUCCUGUCACACUGUAUGACUGUCACGGCAUGCGGGGCAACCAACUGUGGAAGUACAGACAGGAUAAGAGUCUGUUUCAUCCCAGCACUAACAGCUGCAUGGACUGCAGCAGCACAGACAGAACAAUCUUCAUGAACUCUUGUGACCCCAACUCCCCCUCCCAGAAGUGGAUAUUUGAAAAAACGAACAGUAGCAUCCUGGAGCAGUUCAGCCUUGACACAAGCUGA